UCCUCCAGGCUACCCGCAUUCUACGACAUCCCCCCAGCGCACGACCCCCUCCUCCACCUCCUCACAACCUCCAUAAUGAAAAACGGGCGUUACUCCAAAGCAGCCAAAAUCACAUCCGACACCCUGCUCUACAUCCACACCUACACGCGCGCACCCGCCCUUCCCAUCUUACGCUCUGCGAUCCUAAUGGCGUCUCCGGCGGUAAGGAACGUCAGGUUUAAGUCGGGGUCAAAGAGUCAAGUGAGGCCUUAUCCGUUGAAUGAGCGGCAGAGGUCGAAGAAGGGGAUUGAUUGGUUGUUGGCGGAGGUUAAGGGGAAGAUGAGUGGAAGGACGUUACAGGAACGACUUGCGAGGGAGGUUAUUGCGAUUGUUAGAGGGGAUAGUCCGGUGCUGAAGUUGAGGGAGGAUGCGCAUAAGCUGGCUAUGGUUAAUAGG